GACCCGCUCAAAAAUAUACUGGUGGAAAAUGUCGAUAUCUCGAAGGUCUAAAGCAAGAGCUUUGUGAAGAUAUUAAAAUACAUCAUACGUCUGGGCUCGCUUACUUUACAUGUGGAGACGAAAAGAGUCGUAAAACCCAAUGGUGGCCACCACUUAAUACAGAUAAGCUAACUCCUCUCACUCUUAAAAACUUUGCUGAUGAAGAAGACUUUUCACUUCAUGGUUUUGGGAUGUACGAAGAUCCUACUGAACCUGAUAAUCUUUAUUUCUUUCUUAUAAAUCACAAACGCACUGGAAGCGUGAUUGAGUUAUUCAAACAUAAAAUAAACUCAUUCGAAUUAUAUCAUUUAAAAACAUUUAAACAUGAUUUGAUACAUAGUCCUAAUAGUGUUGCUCCAGUGUCAAAGGAUGAAUUUUAUGCAACGAAUGAUCGAUAUUAUCGAUUGUCUUGGAAACUGCAAUUUGAAAUUAAAACACGUCGUAGAUGGAGUAACGUUGUCUUCCAUUCCUCAAAAACAAAUACUACGGAAAUAGUUGUUGACAGAUUAAUUUUUGCAAAUGGAAUUGACGUGAACUGGGACUAUUCACGCGUUUUUAUUGCAACUACUGGUACUGGAGAACUUUUAAUCUAUGAAAGAAAGCCCGAUAACAAAUUGAAGCUGUUAGACGCUGUUAAUGUUGAGUAUUCUAUCGACAACGUUAAUGUGGAUCCAGUGACUGGAGAAAUUUAUCUUGCAGUGGCGUACAGUGCAACAGAAUUUCAUUCAUGUUUGAGUGGUUCAAAGGACAUAAAACCUUCAUUCAGUGUAUUUAAAAUUAGCAAUAACACUGGUGAAGAUAAGUUUUAUGGAGUUAAAUACGCAAAAGAGAAAAUAUUUGAAGAUGAUGGCACUUUGUUUCAUGCAAUUUCUGUGGCAGCUGGUGAUAGCGGUAGGAAAGUGUUGUUUCUUGGGUCCCCUUGGGCUACAGGGGUUGUUAGAUGCGAGUUAGAUUAA